CUCAUCAUACCCAUCUCUCUUUCUCAUUCUCAUUUCUUUUUUUUCCUUCACAGCCUCUUCCUUCCAGAAAUGGCGGAGCCAAGUUUCUAUAUCGGAGUCAUAGGAAAUGUAAUCUCCGUACUCGUCUUCCUCUCACCAGUGGAGACGUUUUGGAAAAUAGUGAAGCGAAAAUCGACGGAGGAGUACAAAAGCUUACCGUACAUUUGCACGUUGUUAGGAUCGUCUCUAUGGACAUACUACGGCAUCGUCACUCCCGGAGAAUAUCUUGUCUCCACCGUUAAUGGCUUUGGUUCUCUUGUUGAAAUCAUCUAUGUCUCCCUUUUUCUCUUUUAUGCCCCUCGACAUCUCAAGUUAAAUACAAUCGUAGUGGUUGCGUUGUUGAACGUCUUUUUCCCAAUAGCAGCAAUUGCGGCCACGAGAAGUGCGUUUAAAGAUGAGAAAAUGCGUUCUCAGUCUAUGGGGUUCAUCUGUGCUGGCCUCAACAUUAUCAUGUAUGGUUCUCCUCUUUCUGCUAUGAAAACAGUGGUGACGACAAAGAGCGUGAAAUACAUGCCGUUUUGGUUGUCGUUUUUCCUCUUCUUAAACGGCGCGAUCUGGGCAGUGUAUGCUUCACUCCAACACGACGUUUUUCUACUUGUGCCAAAUGGAGUGGGGUUUGUGUUUGGGACAAUACAACUCAUACUUUAUGGAAUUUACAGAAACGCCAAACCGGCCGGUUUAAGCAACGGUUCGAGUGAGAUUGCGGAAGAUGAAGAGGAAGGCCUCACAUCACGUGCCCCUCUCCUUUCUUAAACCUAUUUUAUAAAAUUAUAAGUUUUUUUUAAUAAAUAUAAAUCUUUAUCAUUUCUUUGCCAUUAUUGUGGUGUGCGAUUUUGUGUGUCCCUUGUUUUUUUGAAGCAAAUUAGAUCAAACUGGUGUGUCCUUUUUGUCUUGUAGUGCUUGUAAUGAUACACGUUACAUAUAAUAGUAUCAAUCGGAGGAUUGUCAGCCAGAAC